AAAAAGAAAAAAGAAAAACCUCUCAAUUUUCUCUUCCUCCUUGAGCUUUUACCUCCUUCCUCUCCUCUCCUCUCACCCUCUAAUGCAACAAUGGGAAACUGCUGUUCUAACGGACGUAACUCAGGCGACAACGGAGGCACACGCGGCAUAACCGAUUCAAACGCUGGUCCAACUGCUGAAGCCUCCGUACCAACACAAUCCAAACACGCCCCUCCUUCUCCUCCUCCUGCAACCAAACAAGGCCCUAUAGGACCCGUCUUAGGCCGUCCCAUGGAAGAUGUAAAAUCCUCGUAUUCUUUAGGCAAAGAGCUAGGGAGAGGACAGUUUGGCGUCACGCAUCUCUGCACGCAGAAGGCGACAGGUCAGCAGUUUGCUUGCAAGACCAUUGCCAAAAGGAAGCUUGUGAACAAAGAAGACAUUGAGGAUGUAAGAAGGGAAGUGCAGAUAAUGCAUCACCUGACUGGUCAGCCGAACAUCGUGGAGCUUAAAGGAGCUUACGAGGAUAAGCACUCCGUGCAUUUGGUCAUGGAGCUUUGCGCAGGUGGAGAGUUGUUCGAUAGGAUUAUUGCUAAAGGACAUUACUCGGAGAGAGCAGCUGCUUCUUUGCUGAGAACCAUUGUUCAGAUAAUCCAUACUUGCCAUUCCAUGGGAGUUAUUCACAGAGAUUUAAAGCCUGAGAACUUUCUGUUGCUCAGCAAAGAUGAGAAAGCUCCUCUCAAAGCCACCGACUUUGGUCUGUCUGUAUUCUACAAGCCAGGAGAGGUGUUCAAGGAUAUUGUGGGUAGUGCUUAUUACAUAGCACCUGAGGUUUUGAAAAGGAAGUACGGACCAGAAGCUGAUAUUUGGAGUAUUGGUGUCAUGUUGUAUAUCCUCUUAUGUGGUGUCCCACCCUUUUGGGCUGGUAAAGUCAUUCCACUUUCUUCUCUUUGUGAUUACCUGAUGAUCACAGAAUCGGAGAAUGGAAUAUUCAACGCCAUCUUAAAGAGCCAUGUUGAUUUCUCAAGUGAUCCAUGGCCAUCUAUCUCACCUCAAGCGAAGGAUCUUGUUAAGAAGAUGCUCAACUCUGAUCCCAAGCAAAGACUAACUGCUGCUCAAGUUCUCAAUCAUCCAUGGAUCAAGGAGGAUGGAGAAGCACCAGACGUUCCUCUUGACAAUGCGGUGAUGUCCAGGCUCAAGCAAUUCAAAGCAAUGAAUAAUUUCAAGAAAGUUGCAUUACGGGUGAUAGCAGGCUGCUUAUCAGAGGAAGAGAUCAUGGGAUUAAAGGAGAUGUUUAAAGGUAUGGACACUGAUAACAGUGGAACAAUUACACUCGAGGAGCUAAGACAAGGACUCGCUAAACAAGGUACAAGGUUGUCAGAAUACGAAGUCCAGCAGUUAAUGGAAGCUGCCGAUGCUGAUGGUAAUGGAACAAUAGACUAUGGUGAGUUUAUCGCAGCCACAAUGCAUAUCAACAGACUUGACAGAGAAGAACAUCUCUACUCAGCCUUCCAACAUUUCGACAAAGACAACAGCGGAUAUAUCACUAUGGAAGAGCUGGAACAAGCCCUCCGGGAGUUCGGCAUGAACGAUGGCAGAGACAUUAAAGAGAUAAUUUCAGAGGUCGACGGAGACAAUGAUGGUCGGAUAAACUACGAUGAGUUUGUGGCAAUGAUGAGAAAAGGAAACCCUGAUCCUAUCCCAAAGAAGCGGCGUGACCUUUCAUUUAAAUAAAAACCAAAAUGUUAAAGUAGAGAGGAAGAGAGAAGAUAUCAAAAGAGAGCAGAACAUGAGUCGAGAAAACUCAUCUUCCUUUUAACAAUGAAAGACAAAGGCACAUCAAAAAAGAUUAAAAGCAUGCUCGGAUUACUACUAAUGAUUGAAACCGGAGGACAUCGUUAAGAGAUGAGAAGGCUCAAGAAGGGAGGGAGAAAAAAAUUCAUUAGUUGGGGAUUUGGGGAGGAGGUGUUUGAUCUAUUGUACAUUUUUUUCUGGUUUUUCUCAAUGUACUUAAAAGAUUCUUUUUUUCAAUUCUAUUGUAUGUGUUAGUGAUUACGUUCUC